AUGGACGGCGCAGAAGCACCCGACGAAGAAUUCGUGGAAGAAUUUCUGAAAGAAAUAUUCAAUUCAAAAAUUUCCAUUGAACAAGCGCAUCGAGAGCUGUGCAGGUUGCUUUUGGGAAACGUUUCAGGGACAGAAUAUGUGGCCCAACAAUUCGGAAGAAGAGUGGAAAAUUACGAUGAUAAUUUAUUAACAAGAUAUCCGAUAACGAAAGUUCGAGAAUUUUAUGAAAAAUUUGCGAUGGAGAAAUUUGAAGAUUUUCGGGAUAGAAGUCUAAAAAUGCUCGAGAAUUUAGAAGACGUCGUUCAGUUAAUGUCCAUCCGAAGAAUCUCUGUCAAAAUUUCAAGUCUCGCCAACUGGUUCAAAAUUGUGAAUAUCAAAAAACUGAAGUUCACAUUGUGUUGUAUUGAGAAUGAGCAAUGGAUACGAAUCGAUAUCACUGAGAAACCAGAAGAUCCAGAAAAGAAAGAAGAUGAGCCCGAACCUGUACUAACUUCAAUACUUUACAAGCAAAACCUAAACGAUGUUCAUGUGGAAUACGGUACUGGAAAUGCAUCAGUUCUCAAAGAUUGUGAUCAUAGGAAAGUGGCAAUUUUCGACUUGGUGUUUCUCCUACAAGCACUUUCGGAAACAUUGGAAGAUCUAGAGUUUAGCAUCAGUCCAUACUUGCUUACUUGCCCUGCUAAGUAUCCCGAUCUUCAAGCCUAUUCAUUAAUUGGUUCAAUUCUAAAUGACUACGAUCCUCCACCACAAUUCCCUGUUCGCCGUCUCAGUUUUAUGUUUACCAGAUUUCACAGCACCAACAAUUUCAAUUGGGAGAAAAGAGAAGAGGACACUGAUGAGGUGGCACAUAUUUUGAAAUACCUUGAUCCUGGAACCCUGAACUGGCUAUCAUUUCGAAUUUGGAAUGAUAAAAUGGUCCAGAAGGGAAUGAAGGGUGCCCAACUGAUGUUUCAUCCAAAUUUGAGAGGAUUAGAGCAAUGGAAAAAUGCAUACGUUUUGGAUAUUCGUGAUGAGUUUGUGGCAAAAGAUUGGAAAUUGUGCGAUGAGUUCUUGGUUAUUUUGAUGGCUUCAUUGUUGAAGGAAGAUAUUGAAAAGGGUGUAAAACGCUUCUGGCUAAGGCUUCCAUUCGGUCGGGAAAUUGAGCCGACCGACCUACCACCGACCCCGCCGACCGACAGCCGACCGUUUUCGUGCAUUUGCGCGUCAACGUGUUUGCAUACGCAGCAUUGUAUUUUACGACAAACUGCUUUCACUAAAUGCCUCAUUUGUCGUGAAAUGAAAUGCUUCGUACUCAGAAAUUCGUAUUUUUAUGCGCAAAUGCACGAAAUCGGUCGGUGCGCCGGCCUGUCGGUCAGCUGUCGGCUGUCGGUCGGCGGUCGGUCGAAAAUCGAAAUGGAAGCCUUUCUUCUACCAGCUAAAUAUUUCACAAGGAACCCACCAAGGAGUAUAUGUAUUAUCCAUGUGAAUCAAGAACUGGACCUUGAAGAAAUCCAAGAGCUGUACCCAAGCGCUUUCAAUUUCGAACCAGGAAAUAUCAGGAUCCUGAAGGAAUCCGGAGAGCUCACUGUUAGUCUGACCUUUGCAAACCAUACGCUUACUGUAGCAAGUUAUAAAACACUGCUCGACCCAACGAUCUAUAGAAAACACCUUUUGGAAAUGUUCAAUGAAAGAACUUCGAUUUCAAAAGCCCACGAGAGAAUGUGUCAAUGGAUUCGGAGGGGCGAGAAGCCGAUUGCAAUAGGACAAGUUGGUCCCAAAGAAAUACAUUAUCAGUAUAGGAUAAGGCCAGUUCCUGGAGGUUUCUAUUAUGCCGAGCCUGCUGUAAUUGCAUCGGAAAACAUAUCACUUUUAUAUCCAAUUUCAAGCGUCAAAAAGUUUUAUGAUGAGUUUGCGGAAGCGUUUCUAGCUAGAGUGGAUAAUACUGCAGCGGAAGUGGAGGGUGAUCCGGUUUUGGAUACAGUGGACGACAUUUUGCAAUUCAUGUUCUGUCGACGGCUCUCCUGGCAACUUUACGGAAUCACAAAAGCAUACAUGUUUCAACUCGAUGUAGUGUCUUUCACUUUCAGUCAUGAAGAGAUUCUUCUCGGAUUGAAAACUGGAAAUUGUGGAUUGGGCUGGGUAAAAUACACACCAGAAGGUCCAAAUGUGUGUAUGUCGUUUUCUUCGGAACGAUCUUUUGAAGCGAGAAUAUGUGAACGGUACAGAUCAACUAUCCAUAAUGUGAAUCUCAAUUUAAUCGCUGUCACGGAUUUGGAGUUUAUUCUGAGAAGACUAUCGAAACCGUUGGAUGAAUUGAAGUUUAUGAUCAAACCAUUCGUUUUACGCUCAAAUGAGCCUAUUCGUUUUCCAGAUCUUUCUGUGUAUGGAAUGAUUGAUGCGGCUCUGCAAGGCUUGGAAAUUCACAAUCCGAGGUUUGAAAAAGAUAUUAACCCAAAUUUCGAUGAUAUACAAGAGGACUACAAGAGGACAAAACGAUUACUACAAGUUGGUCAUUUGCAUUUCACUUUCACUAGAGCCAAAUUGUUUGAAAACCCUCAAAAUUUGGAAUAUGAGGAUUCACAGGAAUUGCUGAAAAUACUGAAGCAUCUGGAACGUAAGAAUCUGAAAUCGUUGACGCUUCGAGUAUGGGACGAUAGACAAUUGCUGAAAAAACUCGGAAACCGAGUUACAGUACUGCCACAGCUGUUCGUCGGUAGAUGUGUCCGAACAACUAAACAUUGGAUGAGAUUAAAUACUUUGGAUAUUGAUGAUGAGCUCAUUUUAAGAAAUUGGAAUUUUUUGGCACAUUUAAAAACUGUUGUGGUUUGGGAACUAUCAAUCAGAGAUGUUCGAAAUGCAUUGAGGAGAUUUGAAAAGGUGAUACCCGUCACUGGAUACACGAUACGACCGAGAAGGAAAGGGGAUUUGAAUGAAUUUAGAACAUAUUUUCUAGAAAAACUGAGAGAGCCAAACCCUGACACAACGUCAAUUACGAUCCAGCAGGAGGCUGAAAAAGACCAACUGAUUGAGAUGAGAGUUGAAUUAGAUGAAGGUAAAAACACGGUGGCUACUGUGACAGCUACAGUCCAAUUAAAUUAA